UUUUUUUUUUUAUUAUUUUAUUUUGUUAUGCCACAUCAAACAACUACUCUUUAUAUUACUCAAUUAGAUGAACGAGUCACAGAAAACAUGUUGAAAGAUAUUUUUUCAAUGAUCUCUCCUGUUCAUCAUGUCAAAAUCAAUACUCAAAAUCAAUCUGGACUAGUUGAAUUUCAUGAACGUCGAGGUGCUGAACAAGUUUUACAUACAAUGGAUGGAAGAAUUAUCUUGGGUCAGAAAAUUCAUAUUCAAUGGUCAAAUCAAACAAAGAAACAUCAUUAUUAUACUAUUCAUGUUUAUGGACUUGGUCAAGAUAUUACUUCUUCUAUAUUAAAAUCAGCAUUUCAAUCCUUUUCACCAAUACACGUGGAAGUCAUGGCAGACCAUGGAACCAUUGAUUUUGAAACCAAACAAGAAGCUGAACAAGCCAUGAAAGAAAUGAAUGGACAAACAAAUACAUUAGGACAAAUUCAAUGUUAUUGGGCCAAUCAUCAUAUUCUAGAAACAUUGUCUUCUCCUUAUACCUCUCGACCUUCCACUCCACCUACACCAUCCUUCUCUAAUACUCCAAUGCAUCCUUCUACCACUUUUCGUGUCACUUCCAACAAUCGGUCGUACGAACAAAUAUUUGCCCAGACCCCUCCUUACAAUACUUCCGUGUAUGUGAAAAACUUACCGACACAAGUCUCAGAACAAGACCUCGUGUCACAUUUUCAACAAUAUGGUUAUGUGUCUCAUAUCGAGAUGGAUGAAUAUGGUGCCACUGUAACAUUGGAUACACAUGCAAAUGCAAGUACUGCGAUCUUUGCAUUACAAGGAUUUGAUAUUCAAGGACAACCUAUUGAAUUAGAAUGGGCUCAUGAAAAUGAAAAAGAACAAGAACAAGAACAAAAGGAAGACUCUUAUUAUAGUAUGUAUCAACAACAACAGGACAAUCAAUGGCGAUUUCAACCCAUUCAUGGUGGUUAUUAUGAUCUUUUAAUGAUGCGACCUCCAGCUCCUGUGGCAGGCUCUCCUUAUUCUGCUGGUGGCAAGGCAGGUCAAGCUAUUCAUGGUUGGAAUCAGUAUUAUCAAAAUUAUUAUAGUGCUGGUCAUCAAAGUAUCUAAUUUAUUUUUAUCAUUCCUUUUUCAUUCAUCAUACCUUCUUUUUUGUAUAUAUAUUUUGGCAUUUUUCUCCCUCCCCCCUCUUUUUUUUUUUAAUACCUUUUGAUAUUUCUUUUCUUUUUUUUUUAUCAAUAAA